AUGGCUCAAGAACCCAAAGUCAAUAUCUUAUCUCCACGAUCGACGCGCAAACAGCCAUCGCAGAAACGUGCAUUGCCUCCUCGCCAUAGUUUCCUCACUGAAGCCGUUGAAGUGGCUCUCCAAAAGCAGCAACAGGUGCCUAAACCACAGCUCGACAGUAGCACGAUUCUGCUUGUAACCAACGAUGAGAACGCCCUCGUCAACUUUGAAGAGAAGGAACAGCUUCCAGCAGCAGCAGUGCUUGGGGAUAAGGAUCUGGUACCCAACGUCAAGCCCAAUUUUACAGUCUUUGAGAAACCUCCACGACGACAAAAGCGAGUAGGUGAAGUUGCUAUUGCAGAUGUUGAGCCAAUCCCUGAAGAGUACUACUUGAGACGGCAUCGAAAGCAUGAAAAGGAAGAAAAGAAGCAAAAGAACAGGGAAAAGGAGAAACUACAGCAUGAGAUGUACCAGCAACAGCAAUUUGUGGAGCGUAUUCGGCACACUGACAAAUCCAUUGUCAUGGCAAUUGCCACAGCGAUAUGUCAACAACAGCAACGAUCGGUGCCAAAUGUGGAUUCUUUGUAUCGUCAAGUAUUGCAUGAUGCCGAGGAACAACUUGCUCGUUAUGAGAUGCUGGGAUUGACUUUGACGCGUAAACCGCGGAAUGGUGCUACUCCUACUACAACCACAACAACGGCUUCAAGUCAACAGUAUCCAUCACCAUUACCACAACCAUCAACAACAACAUCAUCCUCAUUAGCGCCGCUAUCCGAUUCUUCUUCAUUAUCGCCUGCAUUAUCCUUAAUAUCACAAUCAUCAUCUGCAUCACAAUCAUCAUCCCUUAAUGUAUCACCAACAAUAUCCAAGAAAUCAACUUCCCCCAAUCUUAAACCUUCUCGGCCUGUCAGACGUAGUGUUAGACACACACUUGCCUUUGGACACAAGAUCCCUGUUAUGCCAGAAACAGAAUUCCAAUUACCCUAUGAGACAUUUGGUUAUUUGAUGGAUCGGCGAACUAGAGCCAAGACCACGAGGAGGAAGUAG